AAAUAUGGUACGUUCUUAGACGUUUUAAGUAGGGAUCUGUUUUAACUUGUCGAAUAAAUGAAUAAGAACGCAAAGGAAAUACAUCUUAAAGGGGUGAUCAACUGGAUUGUAGAGUGGUCAGGAAUACUGGUGGUAACUUUUGGAAUUGUUACUCUGAUGCAUCCAACUUCCGCAAACGUCGGAGCAACCUGUGCGGCGGGUGGGAAUCAGUGCGCAGCACUUACGGGCGGAUACUGUGAUUUAGAUGCUGCCAAUGGACCAAAAUGUGCAUGUGCUGCCAUUAAUGAUGGCGCUGCUUGUACACCUAAAGAUUGCUCUACCGAUGCUACUGUGUGUACUACUGCGGAUACAAACUCAGUAUGUGUAAAUACCAAGUGCACUUGUAAGGCAACGUUUGAACUCACGGGGGCAGAUGACUCAAAUCUCUGUGUUGCUAAGAGCAACGCUGUCGGUCAUGAUGCAUCAGUGAUUUUGUUGUUUGCCUGCUCUAUAUCAACGGUUCUUCGUCAAUUUUAGUGUUCUGUAAUAUUGAUAUAACACCAGUUUUAGUUUUUGUAUUGACUUUACUAGUUGUAUCCGUAAAACAAAUCAGGAACCGAGACAUAUAGAAAAUGUUCUUUUACUCGGUUAGCUCUUAAAUAAAAACAUGCUUAUUUGUUCACAAGAUACUACAAUAUUCAAGACAACUAAAGUACUGUUUGAAAGUAAGACAGAAAAAACGUGAUCGUUAAAACGUCGAACGUAUUUGAAAGGUGUGUCUAUAUAACCAGAUUUAUUUGCUAAACGAUAUGUGUGUUUUCGGAUCAAUCGGAAGUAUAGUUCGUCCGGAAAUGAUUUAAGAAUGUAUAUAUGUGUCAAAAUGAUAUCGUUUCAAAAUAAA